AUGAACAGGACUUACGUGUCCAAAUAUUUUGACCAAUUGGAGAAUGUCUUGAAGCAGAACGACCUGACCAACAAGCCUGAAAACUUGUGGAAUAUGGAUGAAACUGGAUGUUCAUUGUCUCACAAUCCUGGUUUCAUCAUUGCUAAAACCGUAUUUGGGCCUUUUAAAAAGGCUUAUAAUAAGGUGUGUGGCGAUUUAAUGAAUGAAAAUCCAGGGACUGUGGUGUCUAAAGGGACAUUUUGUGGCCUAUUAGAGAAAGCCUGGGUCCGAAGUAUGACUGCAGCAAAUCUGAAAAGCGGGUUCCGGGCAUGUGGAGUGUACCCCUUUGGUGCGCACGACAUUCCAAAUGCGGCAUUCCAUCCAAACUCUGCAACACGGCUGCAGAGCAGGGCAAGCAACACAGCUUCCGUAUCAGCUACAGCAACAGUGUCUGCCGAAACUGCCGAUGUACCGGUGUCCCUCUACCCUACGGUAACCAUCUCAGUGUCUGCCGAUGAACCAGUGUCCCUCCACCCUACGGUAACCACCCCAGUGUCCGCCGAUGAACUGGCGUCCCUCCACCCUACGGUAACCACCCCAGUGUCUGUCGAUGUACCGGUGUCCCUCCGCCCUACGGAAUCGGUGAAUGCGAGCUUUCCCUUCACCAAUUCUUCAUCACCCAAUGACACGGAUGCAGAUGUGAUGUCCUACCCGACACCAAAAACACAAUUAGGAAAAAGGAAGAAGGAUGCUGUUAAGCGAUACUUUGGGCUGACUAUGCCAGGACAAAAGAAUUACAGAUGUGCAUGCUGCAACAAGCAGACAAAACCAGAGGGAAGGCGUCACAUUACUGGGGAGACCUACAAAUCGUACAGAGAGUACUUGAAUAUCACCAACAAUGAUGAAACUCUAACAACAUGUGGGAAAUGCUACAUAAAAUUCCGUAGAACAUCAGAUGAACAUUUACCAGUAGUUGGAGAGCCUGUUCAAGUGCCAAGCAACAUAUGUGAUGUUGACUAUAUUCCAAAAACUAAAAGACAAAAAGCAGAAGGUAUUGUGAGUCCUAAAAACAUUGCACUGCCAAUAGGAAGUACUGGUAAGAGCCACUCAACAUGCUGUGUAUGCAAGCGCCGGGGACAUAAACUUAUUGUGGUACCAUCUGAUUGCCGCUACAGGUUGUUUGUAGAGAAUGGAAAAUUACUAUUGGCGGGUGCAAGAUGCUGUAUAGGUCACCUUGAUGAUGGUUUCUUUACUGAUCAUGCAUUAACAAACUACCUUGGAGAUUCUUUCAAAGGACAGGACCACUCAAACCUUAACAGGAGUGACACUAUGGAACUGAUUAAUAAUGUAAGGUCAAUUGCCAUAAAUAAUCAAAAGUACAGAAUAGAUUUCAAUCAAGGUAGUUCACUACAAGAUUCGGAUUACCUAAGUCUGACAGGAAUCACAAAAGAGAACUUUGAUGAUGUUUGCUCACAUAUUAAAGACAGUAAUAUCAGAUCAACAAAGAACAGAACAAUGCGGACAUGUGUUGCCCUACUGUUAGUUAAACUACGUGCAGGUAUUUCAAACAAACUGCUCUCAACACUCUUUAACAUUGGGAAAUCUAGUGUACAACGAGCCAUUGUUUCGGCUAGGAAAGCAUUGUCUGAGCAUUUUACUAGGAACUAUGUAGGAUUCCAACAUAUUACUGGAAAUGAAGUGAUUAAGGAGCAUACCAGACCCUUGGCUCAGGAGCUUUUUGGCAGUAUUAUAAACAAGCCUGCAAUUCUUGUCUUGGAUGGAACAUACAUCUAUAUCCAAAAGUAUCACAACUUCAAAUUCCAGAGACGAUCAUACAGCAUGCAUAAGAAUAGACCCCUGGUGAAGCCCAUGAUGUAUGUAACUACCACUGGAUAUAUUGUUUCUGUUCUUGGACCCUACCUAGCAGAUUACAAGAACAACGAUGCCAAUAUCCUGAAACACAAUGUCAAAGGAAACAUGGAGAAUUUGACGGAGUGGAUAAAGGAAGAGGAUGUCAUGGUUGUUGACAGAGGGUUUAGGGAUUCCAUCGAUAUGCUGACAGAAAUGGGUAUCCACACCGAAAUGCCACGUUUCCUUUCAAGAGGUCAGAAACAGUUCACCACAGAGGAGGCUAAUUCAUCCCGUUUAGUCACCAAGAUUCGAUGGAUUGUGGAAUCUGUGAAUGGACGCAUCAAGCAGUGGAAAUUUCUCCAAAACAUUGUCCCCAACAAUCAGAUACCAUACAUUGGAGACUAUGUGCAGUUGAUUUGUGCAUUAUGCAACAGGUACCUUACACCACUAAAUAGAGGAGACUCGGAGGAGGAUCAACUGCUUGGUGCAAAGAUGAAGGUGCUGGCCAGCAAGCAGAACGGUUUACAAGAGCGCGUCAUCAGUGAAAGGCUGGACAGACGAACAGGUGUGUGGGUCAAGCUUGAUGCCUCUGAAGUGGUACCACAGUUCCCGAAGUUGUCUGAGGAAGAUGCGCGAAACAUAACAUUUGGUGUGUACCAACUGAAACUGGCUCAAAGUUACACCCAGGAGCAUUUGACUGAUGAUGGAGAUUACAUCAUCAUGGCCAAUGGUGAUAUAUCCAACAUUGUUCGAGUGCAGAUUCAGAGUAGACAUAUCUCCUCGAAGAAGUACAUGCUCUGGAUCCAGUAUGAUGAGGCCUAUGUUACCAGCUGGUAUUGUCAGUGUCGGGCUGGAGCCAGAGUCCUUGGUACAUAUGCGCACGUCUCUUCUGCUAUCUGGUACUUGGGUUUUGCCAGACACCAACCUUCCAUAAGUGGAGUCAGGAAUUAG